CUUUCCUGCAGAUGCAGUAAAGAUUCUUUAUGAGCCUGUGAUAUCCAAAAUCUCUUCACUUCCCUAGAGCAGUCAGAGACCAAGCAUUGACUGACACUUUGGGGGAUCAUCUGACAUUUCAAGUACUAAUCGAUAUCAGAUUGGGCUUCUUUUGCAAUGGCGAGUAAAUCUAGCAUGAGAAGAAAUCUGCAGACUGUUCUCACCGACCUCCCUGACGCACUCAUCGUCGAGAUCCUGUCAUGGCUGCCACUCAAGUCGCUGUGCUGCUGCAAGUGCGUCGACACGCACUGGCGCUACCUCAUCUCCCACCCUGAACACCUUAAGAAGCUCCCACAGACCCUCGCCGGCUUCUUCUUCGACACCGAAGACAUAGGGCGCUGUCCCAAAGUAGCUCGACACUUUGCCAAUAUCGGUGAAGGACCUCAGAUUGAUCCCAGUUACCCCUUCUUGCCGCCUGAGUUUGAGCUCGUCAGGCUGGAGGACUGUUGUGAUGGCCUUCUCUUGUGCUGCUCUUCUCAGCGUUCGUUCCGCCAUUUAGUUUGCAAUCCUGCCACAGAGAGAUGGGUCGUGUUACCAGCGUUGCCAGCUGACUCCAGUUGUGUAGCUCAGGAAGAAACCUUUCAUUUGGCUUUUGAUCGUGAUGUUUCCUCCCAUUUCCAUGUGUUUCAGAUUGUGUUGAAAGAGUGGCGGCGGGUGGCUGGCAUAAAUAUAUACUCGUCCGAAACUGGGUCAUGGAGCUUCAAGGAAAGUGGGUGGGACUCUGAUACCAGCAUUUGCACGAGCAGACGCGUGUUUUAUCAAGGCAUAUUGCAUUUUCUCAGUGCUCAGUCUACAGUAGUGUCGGUAGACAUGGAGGGGAAUAAAUGGAGGGCAAUUCCAGUGCCAGAAGGAGUGAAAAGUUCUGAGAUUGGUUUUCUUGGUCUGCCCAAAGGGCACUUGCAUUACAUGGUGCACACAGGAAAUCGCGUACAAGUUUCCAUCUGGUGUCUUGCGAAGUAUGAUUCAGAUGAAUGGACGCUGAAGCAGCAUGUGGACAAUAACAAGUUGGUGAACGUGAGACGUAUAGCCUAUGACUAUGAAUACGCUAUCAUCUCAUAUCAUCCAGAUCGUAGUUUGAUUUAUGCUAAUCAUCGAGACAACACAUUGAUGGCAUAUGACACUGAUCGCGAGGAGGCUCGCGUUCUCUGCUCUGUUGGGCGAGGCUCUUUGAUAUCAUGUUUUCCCUAUGUUGCGUUGUUCAAUGAUUCGAGUGUUCCCCUGAGUAGUUGGUUGCUCCUUGGUCUUGUAAACAAGCCAAUUGCAGCCAUGUAAUGCUUAAAGCGCUAGCUGUGUAAUGGGAUUGAGACAGACUCCCCACUGAUGAGCUCUACUUUGCAACAAUGUUAAGUCAGAA